UGCAGUUGCAUAAGUGGUUCACACGUGCCCUUUGAUUAUCCUUCAAAAAUGUUUUCAUUCCUAUUUCCUAUACUACGGCGGAUUUGUACUUGUAGGUGCAGUCUCGUUUUGCACCGGUUGUGUUUUUAAUAAUACGGAAAUAUGAUCUCUUAGCCGUUAUAUAUUUUUAGAGUAUUCAACAUAUUUUACAGAUCUGUGAUGGGGUAAACGAAACAACUAAUUAUGCAAGAGUGGCUCAAAUUAUCGCUUUUGCUCAGUAUUUUUGGAUUUCUGAAAGAAAUAAGGCCAUCUGAGCCGUUUAUUUACGAGUUUCUGGUAGAUGAUAGUUGGAGAAAUGUCACAGAUGACGAAGUCACGCAGAUUGUGUAUCCUGCUGGUACCUUCAGCUACUUGGUGCAAUUGGUAGUGGUCUUUUUGAUCACAGAUUUAUGUAGAUACAAGCCUCUGAUCAUUCUUUUGGGUAUAGCAGGAUGUGUUGUUUGGUCUUUGCUUUUAUGGACCAAGAGCUUAGUCGGUCUUAUCAUAGUUGAGAUAUUUUACGGCACAUUUUGUGCAUCCGAAGUAGCAUAUUAUACCUAUAUAUAUGCCAAAGUUGACACGGAAUAUUUUCAAUUAGUCACUUCUCAUACUAGAGCAGCUAUUUUAGCCGGUAGUACCAUAUCUGGUGUAUUGGCGCAGCUCCUUGUACAUUUUCAUUGGAUGGAUUACAGGCAGCUCAACUACAUUACAUUUGCUGCUAUGAUCGCCGCUACCUUGUGGGCCUUCCUCCUCCCUUGCGUGGACACCUCGAUCUACUUCCACCAAGAAGGCAGCGAGAAACAACCACUACUCAACAAGUUCCAAAGCGCCUUCGCGUUAAUGAGCGCCCAUUUCAGCAACUCAUUCAGGAACACAUACGUUUUGAAGUGGUCCCUGUGGUACGCCCUUUCCACUUGCGGUUUCAUUCAAGUGCAGACUUACAUGCAACCGUUGUGGUCUGUUAUUGUUGAAAAUCAUCCUGAUCAUAAGAGUGAUUUGUAUAAUGGGGCUACACAGGCUAUACUUACUGUUUUGGGGUUUCUGGGUGCCCUGUUAGCGGGGAUCCUGAAAGCAGACUGGCAAGUCAAAGGAGACUUAACAUUGACACUCUGCUCACUCAGUCAAGGCUUCCUCAUUCUCUACACAUCCAGAACUCAUUACAUCUUCGCCAGUUACGCAUGUUACAUAGUCUACGGCAGUCUGUAUUAUUUCAUGAUAACCGUAACGUCCACCGAGGUUGCGAAGCGUAUCAAAGAUGAAAGUUAUGGUUUGGUAUUUGGCGUAAAUACCUUUGCAGCUCUGUUGAUGCAGACGAUACUCACGGCUGUAGUGGUUAUGAAAGGCGUAGGUCUAGCUCUUGCUCCGAGAGAUCAGUAUUUCGUAUAUGGUUGUGUUCACGUAUGUAUCGCGGUUAUAUUUAUUGUGAUUGGGUUCGUAAAUUGGGUGGUGAAGUCAAAGGACUAUAGAAGGACGAGUGUGACCGUGCAGGAUAUGUAGUAUUAUGUCCGCGAGAGAUAUUUGUGGUCUGUAAAUUAAGUAAUGAGACUGAUUUUUUUUUCAAAUAUAAUUAUAAUUUUAUGUUGUUACCCUCAAAAUAACUCCCUUUUGAAGCCAUACAGCGCUGGAGACGGUUCUUCCACUCCUCAUAGUAGUGCUGGAAUAGCGUUCAGCUGGUCGGUUACAGCCGUUUGAAUGUUUCCGACUGUUCCAAAAUGAUAUUGAGGUGAUUCUUCAACCUCGGCAAGAGAAAAAAGUCACAAGGAUCGGGCGAAUAUCUGCUGAGGAGCCACAGAAAUUUUUUUACUGGCCGAAACCCGAAUAUUGACAUUGCUUUGGAACAAGGAGCACUAUCAUGAAUGACCCUUUUUUGAAGUUUCUAAAGAACCUCCCGAUUGACCGUUUGGCCCUGGGGUAGAAACUAUUUGUGGAUGAUUACGUGGAUAUUGAAGAAAUCAGCAUGCAUUUGAUCUUAAACUUCGUCUGUUUUGCUUUUUUGAGCCUUGGAGAGGUUAAAGUGUGCCACUUCAUGAUCUGGCGCUUGGUUUCUGGGUCGUACUCAAACACCAAAGACUCUUCAUCAGAAAUUGUUAGUCAUAUUUAACUCUUUCUCGAUCAUUGUGACUGGCAACCGACGGCGACGAUCUCAACGCACGAGAUCGCUGAUUCUGUCGAUAUUUUCAUCGGUUUUUGAAGAUGAAGACCUGCUUCCUGGUUCAUCUUGAAUCGACUAUUUCCUUUAUCAAAAUGGCUUAAACCACCGAAAAACCUGGGCUCUUGACAAAACACUUAUCUCUGCGAGCCUGCUGAAGUUCAUCAACAGUCACUCAUGUUUAGAGACACAUCAGAAAAAAGUGUUCCACUAAAAAAAAGUCGCUACUUACAACCAAGUGACGAGUUCAAGCUUGUACUGGCGGAUCACAUGUUCCCCUGUCUCCCCUCCAGGCCCGGUUCCUCCAGUGUUGCCAGAUCGAACGAUACGUUGCCAGUCUCAUUACUUAAUUUACAAACCUCGUAUGAUCUAGGCUCUUUAAUGCCAGCAUAUUAACAGGGAUCAGAACAGAUGUUGAGACAAUCAAGGAUAAGUAUUACUACUUACGUGAAACUAUGAAGUUUCCAGUUGGAACGUGUAAGCCAAAGUACAAAAAAUAGUACCUUUGAUCUUUCAUAGAAAAAAUGUCUAAGGGUAAACAAGAAACCAUGAAAACAAUAAUGCCUUAGUUUUCUCCUUACAUAGUCGUCAUAUAAAAUGUAGUUCAUUGUGUUUGUCGAAAGUUGUCAAAGCGCUGAGUCGCAUUGCUUUCAGAAACAGUUUGGAUAAGAUGAAUUUGUGUACAAGGAUCUUUUUCUGUUGACAAGUUUCAAAAUAUUCAUACGUCUCUAUAACUUUCAAAAUGAAUAUUGACAAAUAGAACAUAGUUCAUUAAAAACUUGGCAGAACAAUAGAUAGAUAAGAGAUACUCCCAAAAUAGAUUUUUUAUACUUGAGUUUGUAAUUUGAACUAAAAUGGUGAGUACCUUUGUUUUGUAAUAUAGGUUUUAGUACUGAUACCAAAGAAGGGCGGAAUGUAUGAAUUAAUCGUGACCGCAGUUUUUUAAUACUAAUGAGUUUCAUCAUUUAUUGGCUACUAUAGCAGGGAAGUUUUGAAUCUUUCAGAGACUCCAGUAACUACGGAAAUCUCAAAUUGUAUAUAUAUAUAUAUAUAUACAGGGUGUUUCAAAUUCGACCGUCGCCAUUGGCAUCUCGAAGUCGCCUAAAUGUGGGCAAAGUUGCGUAUUUAGGUAAUGAACAAAAUGCCGCUUAGAAGGUUUCGAAAUUCACAGUACUUCCGGAGAGAGACGGAAAAAAUCGAGUUUUUACAAAAUCCUUAAUCUUUCUCUGACUUUAUUUGUAGUAGGAUUUCAAAAUAAAUUGCACAUUAACAUGGCCACUUUUUUUCCUCUUCAAGAUGGCUUAAUUAGAAUUUCAAUAUGACGUUUCGUCUCUUGUCCUUCAGCAUCAAUUUCAUGUUUUCUUAUGGACGCCAUGUUGGGUUUUUGCGCUGAUGAAUAGUGGUUUUAAUUCUGAUUCCAAAAAUGUGUGUCACACGUUGACAUUACCAAAGACAGAAAGUAGGCUUCGAAACUAUCAUGUUUCAUUAGUUUCAUAUACCAUAUACCCCGAAUUAAACGUGGCAACAAUUUUUUGGAAGCCUUAGAAGAAGAGAAAUAAAUCGAGCAGUGAACAAUCUACAGGUAAGAAUGAGGCUCUGCCUACAAAAUAACGGAAAACAUUUUGAACAUCUACUAUGACUCACCUCUGCUUAUAUAUUAUUAUUAUUACCAUGAAUAAAAUUUGCAUUUUGUGUUUAGGUUUCACCAUACCUUUUUAUUUCGUUACAAUUUUCGUCCAACAAUAAAUUCAUAGCCAACUAAGGAAAUACAAUCACUGAAUUUAGGAUUGAAAAGUCCAUUUAAAUGUACAAAAUUCCGAUAUAGUGUCCAUAUGAAAAACAAAGUUGAUGGUGGAAGUCGAAAGAAGAAAUGUCGAAUUGAAAAUUAUAAAUAUAUAUAAAAAAAUAAAAGUGAAUUUAGGAUAAAUCUGGUAUGCGAAACAAAUAACUGAUAAUUUCUAGGCCUACCUAAGAAAUUCUGCUUUUUGGACAAUGUCAAUGUAUGACGUAUUGUACAUUUUUGGAAUCAGAAUUAAAAACUAUUCAUCCGUGGCAUGACAAAAGUCGAAACGUCAUAUUGGAAUUCUAAUUAUGCCAUCUUGUAGAGGAGAAAAUAUUGCUGUUGUGAAGGAGAGUGUGAGAGACGAUCCGAAACAAUCAACAACGCGUCGAUCCCAAGAAUUGGGCAUUUCGAGAACCAGUUUGCUCCGCAUUCUCCACAAGGAUUUGAAUGUACACGCCUACAAGAUCCAAUUGACGCAAGAGCUGCGUCGGGCCGACCAUUUUUCGCGCCGAACGUUCUUGAUGUGCAAUUUAUGUUAACAUCCCACUAAAAAUAGUCAGGAAAAAAUUAGAACGAUUUUGGGAAAUUUUUUCCUGGAAGUAUUUAAACGACUUCGUAUCUCUUACAGUUUUUGAGAUCCCAAUGCUGAGGGUCGAAUUUGAAACACCCUGUAUAUGGAUAUCGUUGCUGUCCAGUAAAAUGCAUCCAUUCCCCUUAUUUAUAACAUUUUAAAUACAUAUCGAGUUGGAUAGUUAGAUUGUACUUUAAAUUAUUCGAUAUAUGAUAGUAUUAGUAGCAGUUAACUGAUUGCAUUACUAGAAAAAAACAGGGUCGCAAAAGUCUAUUCGUAGAUUAUUGACACGGGUUUUUUUAGUGUCAUUGUAUAUGAAGACUGUGCAAUUAUGAAUUUAAAAAAAACUGCACAUAACAAAUACAGGUUUUCUAAAAUAUAUUGAGAGAAUCGUUUACUUUUUUACAGACAUACAGCAUGUAAAACUGUUUUGUGAAAGCAGCAUGUACUUUUUAGAUCACAAAUUAGAGGUAAAUUUGACUUUUAUGCCAUUUUUAAGAUACAAUAAUCAGUGUGGCAGUAUUUUAAUUAUAUUUACUUUUAACACGUUCGCGGACAGUUUUAGGAUAUGCGUGGUUCCAGCAAAGUCACUUUCUCAAUUCAAUGAUUUAAAUAGAAUAUUUGAGCUUUAGACUGUAGAUAUAUUAUUUUGGGGCAAUUUUAACCCUUAACUACGGACAUACAUUUUUUAUCCUCUAACACGGACAAGGAGUCUGACAGACUCCUAUUAAUGUAUGCAAUACAUUUUUCUUUUUACAAAAAGUAUGCUGAUUUUUUCUUCAUAAGUAAAACAAAAUACAUCUCAUACAUCAUGUUUAUUAUCAAUAUUUUGAAAAUACUAUAAAAUUAUGCAAAAAAACCACGAAAUAAUUGGCGCAUUCCAUUUUGUUACAAAUGCUAAACAUACAAAUAAAAAGCAACGCUAAUAUUAACAAAACAUAUAAAUCAACAGUUAUUUGAAUUUAAACCUUAUACUAUAAGAUCCCACAAACGGUAAAAUAGUAAGAAUAGGGCUGUAAACUUUAAUAUAAAAAAACCUGCACGAGGUGAAUGUUUCAUAUAUUUUCUAGAGUUUGACAACAGUUUAUACAAGAUUUUCGCGAACACUGCAGACAUAUUGGCUUUUUGCAGUUCGCACAUGUAUAGGCAGUCUUUCUUUUUAGCUUCGAGGGGCAUAUAUAACAAUAUUUACGUGUAUGUAGGCGUUCCUCAGUCACAGGUGUUGGCUCUUCUUGAUGUAAAACGCGACAGAUUAAAUGUUUCAAUUCUCUGUGUAACAUUGGCAUCUCCAAUCUGUUACGCACAUGUUUUUCAAUUAACUGAUCCGCCAAUAUUUUCACAAAAUUGAAACGUGUUAUAUCAUUUCCCGGGAAAGAGGAAUACAUAAUGAAAGAAUUUGCGCUACAAAUAUCUAUCAGUUUAUAAAAGAUAGCCAUUGGCCACCUUCUAGUACGGCGACUACAUGUAUAUUUUGCAGUUUUUUCAUCCAUUCCAUCCACACCUCCUUUAGUGGAAUUAUAAAAGGCGAUCAUUUCAGGUUUAUUGGAUGUCUCAUCGAUUGUUUCGCUGUGAUGCAUGGUAGAUAAAAGAACUACUGCUCUAUUUUUCUUGGGAACAUGUGAGAUUAUUGUAACAUCUUUCGUAAACCCAUAAAGUGUUUCACCCAAUUUGCGUUUUCUUGCAGGUAAAAACUCAGUGGGAAUCUCCCUUUUAUUCUUUUUUAGUGUUCCCACAAAUGUAAGGCCAUUUUUUAAUAGGUAUUGGGCAAGCUCCAUAGAUCCAAACCAAUUGUCGGCCGUUAUGUUCCUGUUUGAGUGAAAAAUAGUCUUAGCGAGCCGGAUAACUGCCUGAGAUGGUUUACUGAGCUUUUUCUCUUCUUCUGUUAGACCACGACCAUCGCUGUCUUUACCACCAUAAAUGUAUGCAUUAUAUAAAUACUGUGUUCUUGCAUCAGUCAUUGCUAUUAUUUUUAUCCCAUACUUCUCUGGUUUGGAUGGGAUAUACAUUUUAAAUUUACACCUUCCCCUGAAUCCCACCAACAUUUCAUCUAUGCAAGCUGUUGCGCCAAUUGUAUAUGAACAUCUAGCAUUCUCGCAAAACAUAUCAAACAGCUCACUAAUAGCUGCUACUGGAUUUACCUUCUUUCUUUCUUCUCUGUCCUCUGGAUUAUCAAAUCGCAAAGCCACUAACAAAAUGGAGAAACGCUCUUGAGACAUAACAGCUCGGAAUACGUCCCUGCCUCUACCGUCUGUUGCAAAAAUACUUCUUACAUCUUCAUCGUUACUUUUGAAAAUUUCGGUGUACAAUAACAAUCCUAAAAAGGCAUCUAAUUCGUCAUUGUCAAUAUCUGCUAGCUCCGGUUUAUUUUCUCUUUUGUAUUUUCUUCUCAUAGAAGCUAAUUUUGCAUUUGUCCAAACUAUAACCAAGUCAUACAUUUCAGGAGAAAAUAAUUUUUUGAACAAUUUAAUAGGGCUCUUUUCAUAAUUUCCAGUUAGUCGAACUGCUGGAAGUCGCAAAAUGUUAUGUGCUGGUGUUCGUACUCUUCGUUCUGGCUCGCGUCGGCUCCAUUUGAAUCUAUUUUUUCCAUACAGGUAUUUAUUUUCUCGUUUACGUUCAUUUCCUGAUCUGUUAGGUUCUAACACCUGUUCACUUCCGAUAGUAGCAUCAUCUUCGCCACUGGAAAUAUCCAUGUCUUCGUCAUGUUCAAUCUCGUAAUCAGGAUCAUCGUCAGACGCCUCUUGCUCGCUUGUUGACUCAUGUUCACUCUCAAUGAACACAUUUUCAUCAGGUUCAAUAUCACUGUUUUCAUUGUCUACCUCAUUGAACCAUCUCAUGGCAAUUUCCUCAAAGUUAGGAUCCAAAACAUUAAUUCGUUUGGAAGAACUUGGCCUAGAAGUCGCCAUAAUAAAAUAUCACUAUACUGACGUUAACACGGACAAGGAGUCUGUCAGACUCUGAAAUGUACGUAACUCCAAAAUCAAAAAUAAAUGCUAAGUAAUCACCUCAACACGCUGUAGCAAAGUGAAAAAGCGGAAGCUACUCGAAGCGGCGUUGACCUUGGGUGUUUUUUGUUGUGAGUACGGUACGAUAUUUGCGCGGCGGAGUCUACGAGACUCCAUGUCCGUAGUUAAGGGUUAAAAUAAAAAUACACAUUUGUGCAAUUUUUUUUAAUGACGGUUAUACCCGUCAUUUGCAUAUACAUAAGAUAGUUCAGGUAUAUCCAUUUUGCAAAUGACGGUUAUAGCCGUAUAUGAAAACCAAACGAAAGCACACAUUUCUGUGAAAAUAUGAGUGAAUAAAAUCAGGAAUACACAUAAAAACAGCAACAAAAACUUAAUACAUAACCUGAUUAACAAAAAACAAUUGUUUUAUUUAUAAUAUUCAUUAUUUUCAUGGUAGCUCUCAAAGCACGUAGGACAUAAUGCAGGUUUAUCGGGGCACCCCUUACAUCUAACAUAAGUCUCUUUUCUAACAUUGUUCUUCCAGCAUUCCUUACGACGUAGGAAAUAAGUUUUUCUUUUGUAACCUUCAGGUGCAGGUAUUUUCUCCGGAUAAUGUUGAAAUACUACUCGGUGCUGAUCAGACGGUUGAUAAGAUGGACCAGGUUCAACAGUUUCAGGCAAAACGCUAGUCUUAGGUCUGCCUGUCCUAGUUUUUAUUAGAUCAGCACCAUUAGUAACGUUUGCUGGAAGUUGAAGCAAACUCUGAAUUAUAUUAUCUCUAAAUUUCAGAAAUGUCUCCUUGGGGUACAUUUUUUUGUAAAUAUAAUAAGAGUUCCAUAGAUGGAAUAAAAUUUUCUUAUACCAUCGUAUGGUUUUGCGAGGCGAAGAAUAGUAUUGAACCAUUUCGUCACAACGAUCUAUGCCCGACAUGUUCUCGUUGUAAUCGGCAAUUGCUUUGGGUUUCAUUUUCAGCUGGCCAAAUUUGUUAGGAACUUCUAUUAGUUCAGGAUUGUUGGCAGUUGAUAUAAAAAGCACAUCCCUCUUAUCCUUCCAUUUCGAGACAUGUAUGUCCCCAGAUCUUCUCCAUACAUGCUCUCCCUUUUUUAGCUUACAAUCGACUACUGCUUUUGGAUUGCCCUUUCUUUUUUUGCGAAGUGUCCCAGUUGUGUGCGUUUUGCGACUCAAUAAAUCUUCGGAUAACUCUACCGAAUUGUAGUAGUUAUCCAUGUAAAGAUGAUGUCGCUAUGCUCUCCAGAACUAGGAGCGUAAUCCCCAUUAAACGUUCCAUCGUCUCGGUAUUCCUCCGGCCCCGAAGCUGAGUCUUCAAAUAGUUGCAUAUCUCCAUCUUCCCCGUCGGCGUAGCUUUCUGCAAGCAUCUCAUCAUGAAGCUUUUGAAGAUAUGCCUGGUUUUUUUCGUACCAGGACAUUGCCUAAAAUUGAUAAACAUAAAUAUCCUGAACCCUAAACGUCUUACACAAACGCCUAAUCGUCUACAACAAAUAAAAUGAAAUAUAAAAUACCGAUUUACAUUCUUUUUCGCACACAUACACAAUAACUAACCUAAAGGCGACCUCUCAGAACGACAAUUGUUCUUCAUAUAAUGAGCACGUAUGCAAUUUUAAACGGCUAUAGCCGUCAAAGCAAUACAAGAACAGACACGCAUAAAAUUGUACACGUGUGUUUGAAUAUGCGCCUUUCACGGGGCAUUUUUCUGAUUGGCGUAUAGUCCAGCAGGACAUUUAGUUGGCUAAUCCAUCAAUGUACAUGGAAUUUGGACGGUUCAAGCCGUCGUGCCUUUAUUAAAAGAAAUAGACCUUACUGCUAUAACCGCCAUGUCCUAUAUUAGGGAAAACAAUAUGACAGUUAUAGUCGUACUGUCCGCGAACGUGUUAAACAAUACAGUGGCUGAUGUAACUUCUGAAACUUACCCUGUGAUUUUUCAUGCUCACAGGACUUCAUUGUCUGGCCAAAUCAAACCACAUAUAUUUUUAAAUUCCUGUUUAUUGUAUGUUUUGGCCACCAUGAUAGUUUGAUUUAGCCAGACAAUGGAGUCCUAUAACAGAGUGGCUAUAUUUUAGGCUGUAUAUAGGUACAAUUAUUCAUCUAUUCUUUGUUAAACUUUUCGAUUUUAUACUUAUUUACUUUUACUCUUAACCAUGUUGCGUUAUUCAGUCUAUUAAAAUGAAAUAAAAAAAUUA